AUGAGUGCUCAAUCCCGCCCCUUCCCGCCCCUUCUCGUUCUCGCCGCCUUGCUACUUCCCCUGUUCUAUUUUCUCGACCAGAACAUCCACACUCAGUACGUCUUCGACCAUGUCAAGCUGCAGGAGAUCUCGCAGGCCGCCAUCGCCAAGCACGGCAAUGACACCGAGUCCCUCAUGCGCCAGGUCCACCAGGGUUUGCGCGCCGAGUACGGCGAUGCCAUCGUCGCCGACUACAGCAAGGAGGACUGGUUCUGGAACAACGCCGGUGGUGCAAUGGGCACGAUGGUGAUUCUCCACGCCUCCAUCUCCGAGUAUCUGAUCUUCUUUGGCACGCCGCUACAGACCGAAGGCCACUCAGGCGUGCACACGGCCGACGACUACUUCACCAUCCUGGUUGGCGAGCAGUAUGUUGCCGCCGCGGGAGAUCUCAAGCCCAAGAUCUACCGCCCUGGGGACCAGAACUUGAUGAAGCGUGGCACCGUCACCCAGUAUGCCAUGCCCAGGGAAUGCUUUGCUCUCGAGUUGGCGCAGGGUUGGAUCCCGCCUAUGCUUCCUUUUGGAUUCGCUGAUACUUUCACGAGCACGCUUGACUUUGGGAACUUGUGGAAGACUAUCUACUACACGGCGUGGCACAUGGGCGGCCAGGCUCUCAGGCUGAAGUUCUAG